CCACACUAUUACUCGUCACAAUAUACAUGUAAGAGGGAUGCAUGGACUGAUUAUUCUUGGCCAUCAGUAGUUACAGCAGUCGCUUAUUUCAAUAGCGUUCGUACACAUAAAAAACAAAACAAAAUCUUGUUUUAUACGUAUUUUUAUUACUUUUAAUUCCAUAAGCCAUCGAUUAAUCCGAACGUUUGCAGGAUUUUCCUCCAUCGAAGGGGAAAAAAAAUGAGAUUAUUUGUUGCAUUGUUAUUGACUGGCAUAGCUAUCGUUCUUCAAGGUUGCCUUGUAAACAGUUUCAAAAAUGACUGUCGUUACACCAGUACUACAAAUUGUUCGACACAGAACACGUAUGCACUAAAUGGCAGGUGUAAUAAUCUUGCCGUGAAGGCGCUGGCAGCAGUAAUUCACCGUAUGGCAGACAAUUGAAUUACUUUCCAACUGGUGGAACAGGAAAACUUCCCUUCGAGAAUCUUUUUGGAUUCCAUUUAAUGUCACCUCGAAAUAUAAGUCUGUCACUGUUCCCCUGUCAUGAUGGCAUAGAAAGUGAUGCAACACAUCUUUUUGCCAUUUUCGGAAAGCUCCUCAUGUUCGAUAUGUUUCAAACUCGUAGAAAUGAUACAGCUGAUGUAUGUUGCGACAGCUGUCUAGGUAUUGCUACUAAUGAUCCCCAUGAUCCCCAUGAUGGACUUAAUUGCUCUCCGUGUAUGCCUUACUUUCGACCAGUUCUCACAAAAAAUAUCAGCUGUGAGGGUGGUAUCAAUCACGGCAUUAAUGACGUCACCCAUGUAAUCGAUGCUUCUUUUAUGUUUUAUGAUACGGAUUUAAAAACAAACCUAAUGAACGCUGACGGGAAGUUUAAUCUGAAAUCAGGAUUUCUUCCACAUACAGAAAAUGAAUUUAUGGGAGUUGGAGAUACUAUCAGUGAAAACCCUUUAGUGAUGGCAAUAUAUCAUGUGUUUCUUCGCGAAUACAAUGAGCUUGUCGAUAAAAUGAUCGAAUUUGGUUACGAAAACGCCUCGGAAGAAGCAAAAAAAUUGCUGAUUGGAAUAUUUCAACAUAUUACUUACAACGAAUUUUUACCAAUGUUACUCGGCGUCGACACUCCUCUUAAAUCUAAGACUACUGGAACCCGUACUUACGAUAACCAAAAGCUACCAAUGGUUUCACAUUCUUUCUCGCUUGCCUAUGAAUUAGUCGUGGCUUCGAUGUUGAGAGAAUCGGUACAAGUUGCUCCAGAUACAAAUGAAAAUUUGAUUGAUAUAAUAAGCGACGCAACAAAAGUGGACGACGAUACUGAAAUGGCCAAUCUUGUCAAAGGAAUGCUGGAACAGGCUAGCUUGGAAAUUGGGAAUAAAAUACCUUGUGAUUUCCGAAACAAUUGUAACUUUUCCGAUGUAGUGGCAACCGUAACCCAAGAUACACGUUUUUACGGAAUACCUCCAUACAUCGUUUGGCUGGCAACCAUAUACCCGCUAACAAAUCUCUCGUUUAAAGCAUUCCCAUACCAUGAUACUAACGGAAGACAACUCUUAGAAACAAUGUACAGAAGUGUCUUCGACGUUGAUUUUUUAAGUGGAAUGUUUACCGAGAAAAAAAAUCCUAACGUGAAACUCAGCCAAACAUUAAUGAAACAGUUCGAAGAUCAAUUUUCUACAUUGCAAGAGGGUGACAGAUAUUAUUAUGAGAACGUCAAUGCAUUCCAGCCCAACCAGCUUGCAGAGAUCAGGAAAGUGACAAUGGCUCAGCUAUUAUGCCGCAACGUGGUCAAUCUAGAUCAAGUAAAACAGUUUGCUUUUGAUAAAACUUCGCCCGAAGUCAGUUGCUCUAGUAUAACGCAAAUAGAUUUUUGUACGUAUACCGGAGUCAGUAAUGUAUGGACUCCUUUUCAAGGAUCUUUCUCUCAGUGUGACAAAAUUAAAAUAGAGUACCGUACAUGCCAGUCAACAAAACCAGAUUUAUGUCCUUGCGAAGGAGAUCCAUUUAAGAUACAAAGUUGCCCGGGAGAAAUGAUCACACCUGACAACAUCGAAAAACUGGCUGAUAUAAUGAGAUACGACCAGCUAAUGCAAUACUUUUUGAGGCAGGGAGAAAUUACUGACAUGGAAAUCAGAGUACAUGAAUUAUAUGAUAUGAUAAGCGUAACAAAAUAAGAACAGUAAUCUCAACUUUAGUAGCAGUAAUAGAAAUAUUUGUGUUAGUAGUAUUAGUAGUAUGGGAUUUUUUCAGUAUAAAAUACUGCAUUAUGAAAAUAAAUAAAACGGUACAUAAUUAUUAAAAGACAUAAAAUUUAGAUGGUUGUAUAUAUAAUAUAUAUAUAUAUAUAUAUAUAUAUAUGUGUGUGUGUGUGUGUGUGUGUG